GCGAAUAUUUCUUACCGGCGUGGCGACCAGCGGCAUACGAAAGAAAGUGGAUAAAUGUUAAGGCUAAACUAAGUUCAGUUCACUUUCUUCUAGACGGCCAAGCCGAAGCAGUUGCAUAUUAUUGCUAAUAUCAAUUAACUUGCCACGCGGAAGUAACUUGAGAUACCGGCAAUUGUGUGGUUGUGUAGUUCCAAGGCUUUGGUGCUUGUAAACGCUGUUGCCUCCGCAGUUCACAUCGCAACCGUACACGCGACGUGAUUACGCGACAUUGUUCUAACAUUGUAAAGUCUGUGAAAAAUUACAACAAUGGAGUUAAAUGUGACAAGAAAAAGAAUGGAGCAAAUUGUUAUUAUAAUUCCAGUUCGAUUCCGAUCAUGAGAAUCCAGGCAGCAUCGCAGAAUCUGCACACUUGCUCUAAAUUAAAAUUGACCUCAGUAGAAAACUUGUCCACCACAAGCAGAUCAUGCGGAGCAUCUCCAAAUCCAUUUAGAGGAGAGAAGGCUUACAUGACUGCAAUAUCACCAUCCUUCAGCAGAUCCAGAACAAUAUCCAGAGAAUGAUCGCCGUUUAUGUUUUCCUAUCACUCGACCUUUUCUAUCUGAAGCAUGACAUUCAAAGUAGACACCGUCAUUAUGUCGAUCCCGACCUACAAGAACGUCAAAUCCUGUAUGACUGUCUUCUGCCUGAACGUAUGCUUCUUCUUCAUCAUCUUCUUCAUGGUUCUGCGGUUUGCGCUGCAGAACUUGAACGUUGUCAACGCUGUAGACGUAAAGAAAUCUAGAUGUCUGCUUUGCUAACGAUCAGUCAGCUGUUAAGUGGUAUCUCGAACAAGACUGAAUCUUACCUACAUGUACUUACCUUUAUAUUUGCUUAUUGUACUGCUGUGAUAAUAAAAUUAUAAUGUACUUUUUUCAGGAAAAUAGUGGAAAUAUAUGAGUUUUAAGAAUUACUGGUGGUUGUAUAGUUUUAUAUUUUAUAUUUACUUAUAUUUAAGUUGAAAGACUCAACUGUAUGAUCACGAUCAAAUACGUAGUGACCGUUGAGAACAAAGAAGACAACAAAUGCUGAUUGACUUGAUAAAAUCCACCCGCCGAGAAGGUCGGUAUCAAUUCCUUGGCAGACCUGGCGAUAUCCAUCAGCUCUUUUCUCGUCGAGCAACAACCAAUGAUGUAUGGAAGCCAUGGAAGUUUUCUAAACAGCAACGUCGACGUUGUGAUUGCGUUCUUUUUUGCGGCCUCGCAGGCUAGAGUCAAGGCUGUUGUUGAACACUGGAAAAGGACCAUCAUAGUCGGAGUGACACAAAUUAAAGGUUAGACGAAAUGGGUGGUACAUAAAUUACAAAAAAAAGACGUGUAGAUAUAAAAACAACUGUCAUAAUUUACAAAAGCAUCGCAUAACGCUAAAGUGGUUUGUUCUCCUAAUAUCCAAAUACCUAUUGCUAAAAUAUAUAAAUAUUUCUCUUGUAGCGGUGUGUCAGUAACAACAGGCUUUAUUCGAAAACUUGAAAUGCUUUCAUCUUCAUUAUAAAUAAUGAUUUAAUGUCUAAUUCGCUUUAUUAACAUCUAAAUAAAGC